CAUUUUGAACGAUUCAUUAUUCUGUACCGAAAACAACCCCGUUUCGUUGAUCCCCGCCUUUAUUGAACACCUUCUUCAACACAAACUCAUAACGAAUCCUAGUUUGCAUAUUCAGGCACCAUCUUCAUAUCCACUCUACGUUUUAAGCACAAAAUAGAGAUAGAGAAGCCAGAAGCGAGAGGUUUUGAAGCCCAACUCCGGCUAGAACUAUGAACGAAAGCUUAAUGCAAAGGAGAUUCGGAAUAUUGUCAAUUGACCCGGUUUGAACUUCAGCUCAAUUUUUGGUAAAUAUACCGCAAAAAGAACUCGGACACCCUUCAUUACUAAUAUUUUGGUAUAUAAUACGUACGCGAAAGGCCAUCGAUUAUUUUCACACCAUUUAUGAGCUCUGAAAAAAUUGAAGUCUUCGUCAACGGACCCUCACCAUAUAUUUAUGUUCUUGGUAGGGUUGGUUUCCCUGCUACUGAUAUUCAAUGUAUGAGCUGUAAUUGGGUUGAUCCCUCCAUUUGUUUUUCUGUUUUUAUUUAACUAGGAGGCCUUGUUAGUUGCUUAGCUCCAUAAUUUCCCCUACAGCAGUGAAGUGAAAUGAGCUCAAGAAGUGAAGAACAAAGACCCAUCAAUCUGCCAUUAUUGGAUCAAGAGGAAUCUAAUGAUGAUGUGGAAAUUGGAAACAUUCAAGACCCUGUCCAAUUUCUUCUUCAUUCUGCAAAGAAUCACAGGAACAAAAUUUCACCAUCUAUUCACAUGAUUCCGAGCAGGAUUCGACAUCUAAACCCAAGGGUUUUCAACCCUCGUCAGGUCUCUAUCGGACCUCUUCACAGAAAAAGAAAGAAUUUGAAAGCAUUUGAAGGAACAAAAGCGAUUUUUCUGCAUGAUCUUUUGCAUUAUUCAGGUGUCCCACCAGAGCAAAUAUUGGAAACAUGUGUGCAGAAGGUGAAUGCUUCCUUAGGCAGAAUCAAGGCAUGUUAUGGCAACGGGAUGAAGAGCUACAGUGACGAUCAGAUUACAAGAAUGAUGGUAAUGGAUGGUUGUUUCAUACUCGAAUUUAUUUACAAGUUACUCAAGCAUAAAUUUGAUGAAGAGAUGGUGAUUGAGCCCAUAUCUAUGGCUUUUGACCUGGUGCUGCUAGAAAACCAAAUCCCCUUUUUGGUUCUUGAACACAUCUUUGAAUGCACUUCUUCCAGAUUUCAACCAGAAGUAGCAUCUCUAAAUGCACUUAUUAUCCUUGGACUUAUACCAGCUCUUGGCUUCCUUGAUUUAAAAUGCAAAAAGAAUAAGGUUUUUGAUGGAACUGAUCAUAUUCUAGGUUUUAUUCAUGAAUGUUACAGACCUUUACCUUUAUGUGAUAAACUGCCAUCAGAUUCAUUCGAAAAUCGUAUUCUAGGUUUUAUUCAAGACUGUUACAGACCUUUAUGUGAUGCAGUCAAAAAAGCUGUUGAAAAAAUUCAGACCCCAGAUUUAGGCAUAGAUGUAAAUGCUCAGUCGUCUGAAGAUUUUGAAAUAGAUCUGUCAUCAAAUUCAGAUAAGUUCUAUUCAGCUGUAGAACUGGACAGAUCAGGGGUGAACUUUAAGCCUCAUCAUCAACCCUCUCCAAAAAACAAAAAAGAUGGAAAAUGGUCCAUGGACAUUGAGCUAACAUUCCCUCUUUGUUUCUGGUGUAGGCCUUGGGCUAAGCCUACUCUCAGAAUGCCAGUCAUGCGUAUUCACAAUUACACUGAGUUGGUUUUUAGGAACCUGAUUGCGUAUGAGCAACUAUCUCCUGGCUCGGUUUGUCAUUACGUUACAUCAUAUGCCAUAGCCAUGGAUCGACUAAUUGACAAUCAUGAGGAUGUUGCCAGAUUGGUAAAAUCACAAGUCCUUAUCAACACUAUAGGUUCAAACGAAGAGGCCGCAAAAUUGAUUAACGACUUGCGCAAAGAAAUCUCUAGUCCACAUUUUUUUUACGUUCAGGUGUGGAAAGAAAUGAAUGGGUACCACGAUAGGGUUGUGCCCAGAAAUAUUGCAAAGUUGAGGCGUACAUAUUUCAGUAACCCAUGGAGUAGCAUUGCUCUCUUUGCGGGUAUCUUCCUGUUUCUUUUUACUCUGGUUCAGACCUACUAUACCAUCAACCCUGUAUGAUCCUCUAUAUAUUCAUUCAGCCAACUGUUGAUUUUAUUGUCUUUUCUGUAUGUAAUUUAUUCUCUUUCUGCAAGUCAUCCAUGUUGUAUAAGUAUCAUUUUCA